CUGUAAGAUAUGAAUUGCUUUAUAUGGUAACGAAAAUUGAGAACUAUGACGAGAAACUAUGACAUUUGACGAGAGAGGUUUAGCGACUAUUAGUGAGAUUUAGCGACUAUUAGUGAAAUUUAGCGAUUAUUAGUGAGAUUUAACGACUAUUAGUGAGAUUUAGCGACCUAUCCGGACCGAACUCCCGUACGACAGGACAGGACAGAACUGAUAAAUUCAAGUAAUGGCAGAUGUAGAACCUCUUGAGGUUGUAGUGUCACAAACGAAGCCGAAAAAAUGUCAUAGAAUCAUGUAUUAAAUAUCUGCAUCUGUGAUACACCGUGCGUCUCCAUGGAUGGAACUUUGCUUUUGAUGCUGUUUUCCCUUAAAACAGUAUAUUCCAGCAUGGAGAAAAUCAUAUCACAGCUAGUUUCAUUAUAGUUUGCUUGUUUGUUUUUUUCUGUCGAGCAUAACGUCGCAAUAUUUGAGCGCGCGAAUUUUCUUUUGCUUUUAUUGAUAACGUUGAAAGCUUUUCCCGCUCUUGCAACACCAGCCGAAUGCUACUGCUCGUGAAAACAGUCGCUGAUUGAACCAUGUGUCCUCGUGCGGUAAAGCACUAUGGGUAGAAUGUUUUUAUUUGUAAUGCUGUUCAUAACAGAAUAUAUUUUUAAUAAUAAAAUCUAAACAUGAAUUUGACAGUUGAGGCAAUUUUAAUAAUAAAUAAUUAAGUGCUCACAGAAAUGUAAUUUUAUAUAAGUAACUGAAGUUUAGUAAGUGCUAUUAAACUAACGUUGAAAAAAAUUCGAACUACUACAACUUUUAGGACAUAUUUAACAAUAAAUAAAUAACAAUAAAACCACUGCAAAACACAUCUACAACCGAGUAUGCCCGGUAUAAGGCACAGCACAAGGAGGAAAUGCCUUGUGAAAGUUGUGUGAAUGCUCCCAUAGUGAAGGCCGAGCAUUCAUCUGGCACGAACAGUUCCACUCGUCCAGGCGCCCGAAGGAUGCACGAAUCGGUCCUUAGUUGCCGGCCCGAAGCAGCGGCCCCGAGUGAUAGCACGAUUAGAUAAAAAGCACACUAACAGCUGCACUCGAAGCUCAGUUGUUGCCGAACAGCUGUCGAGUGCGCGUGUGAACAAAAGUGUUUCGUUUGUGUUCUCUCACCAGAGUUCUCUGUGUUUGUUACGGCGCAUUUUCAAUACGAUCGAACCAUUGAUCUAAUGAUCAUAAUUAUUGAACUGCGUUCGGUUUAGUAAUUCGAUCUCUUAGUGGGUGCGCGCGCGUAUGUGUUAGUGCAGGAUGAAGUGGAUGAUGUGCCAUAGAGAAAUGUGUGUAUUAUAUACGCCGGUUCUAAAAUAGUGUUCGCUAAUUAGUGGUAUUAAGGAUUGGGAGAGUGAACCCCAAAGUGGAUAUUAAUUAAUUUGCGAAAGGAAAGUUUCCGAGUGAUGGACAUUUGGGUGGAAAAGGUUGAAAAGAGAGAGAGAGAAAAAAACAGCAACAAAAACAACGUGUCAAAGUGAUCAAAAACGAUAAAAGUGAUAUAAAAUCAACUUUUUAAUAGGCCCAACCUCCACCCAGUUUUCGUUCGGUCGUGGUGGUCACCUAUCAACCUAUUUCCUUCCGAAAACACAUUCGGCACCCCCGGAACGUCCGCUUUGCUGUGUUAGUGUGUGUGUGUUUGUUAGUGUGCGCGCUUAUGAGUGUUUAAUCGGUACCCCGAUCACAUAAUACUGUACGUUACUGUACGUUACACCGUUACUGUACUAGCCAGGGGGAAGGGGGGAAAGAUUGUUAUUUUUUUGUAACGCUUGUCCUUUUCCUCGUUUGUUGUUUUAUUUUGGAAAAUUAACCGCAAAAUACACAGGAUACAAAAGAUUUAUUUUAAAAUCUCAACUCAACUCUUAAAUCCGUUGAUAUAUACACAACGAUCAGUAGCGUUUGAAUGUUUUGACAGCCACUAAGCUGUGCACGCAAAUCAAUAUUUACCGCUGUAUCGUCGAUGGUUCGUUUUUCAGUAUCAAUUGGCGUACGAUUCAGUAUAGUGUAUUCUAUCCAAUUUGAAACUCUGCAAAUUUGACCAAUUUGCCAUUCGUAGUGUAAUCUGUUGAAUGCGUUAUAGUUUGUUAAUGUGUUUUGUGGCUCAGUUUUGUUGUUGCUGAAUGAUUUUCAUUUAUGUUUCCCUUCUCGAAAGGCUCAUUAGUUCGGGUCAAAACAGUUCCGUUGCGACAAAAUCGUACCGUCUCACGGAUAAAUAAAUUUCACGUUCAAAUUACUUACGUUUCCGGUCGGGCCGGUUUUUUCAACCCCGCUCGCCUUCCACCUGCACGGCAUAGUGCGCCGUCGAUGGUUACAUGCCGUGCGUGCGGCAAAGCACAAUGAUCGACCCGGUACGGUUCACGUUUCGGUGACUUUCAUCAAUCAAUCUUACCGCAGCCAAUACCGUGCACAUAUUCAACGGCCCCUACCCAUCACCACGGUGGGAAGAUCGUGAAGCUUCAAUCAAAUCUAAUCCGCCUGCUUCCGGUAGGAUUUUCCGGUACACCCGUUUUGCAAGAACGGGGCAAAAAUCCGAGGCAAAAAAAAAAAAAUUACGCCCCUCCGGGAAAAGCUUGGUUUUAUGUGAAACGGGAACACAUCCCACCCGAGUGUGCGCUUGGUUAUGGUUUCCUGCCAGUAUUCGGUGCCGUGCUGAGAGAACAAAAAAAAGCACACACAAAAACAACCAGCGUACGUGCGGUUCCGGUGCGAAUCACAAUUAAAAUUACGUCAACAUCGCUAGGAUGAGAUCUCCUUCCCUUGGCGAUGGGAAAGGCAUCCCGGAGGAGUUGGUGUCCGCGGUUAUGCAGGUGUUGCUCGGUGAGAAGAACUACAGUGUGAAUGGUGAUUACAGUGCACCGUACCUAAAGCCGGUCGUCGCACGCAUCUAUCCGUUGUUUAUCCUGCUGUACGCGAUACCAACCGCCCUUGGGCUGACGCUUAACGUGAUGAUCAUCGUCUACAUAAGCAAGUACAAGCUGUACCGGGAUGUGACGCAUGCGUUCCUCGUCAAUCUGGCCGUUUGUCACUGUGUGCAGUGUGCGUUCGUACUGCCGAUCACGCUGAUGGUCAUGAUCAUCCAGAACUGGGUGUUUGGGCAGUUUCUGUGCUUCUUUCUACCAUUGCUACAGGACAUACCACUGCACGUGGCCAUGCUGUCGCAUCUACUGAUUGCCUGGGACCGUAAGCGUUGGCUCACCGAUCCGCUGAAGGUACGGCUGCCGGCGUUCGUCUGUAGCUGUGCUUCGUGGCUGGCCGGUUUGGUUAUCGCCCUGCCGUACCCGAUCUACACGACGUAUCUGGAUCUGGAGAUAUAUCUGCCAGGUUUUGCUGGGGUUGGAAUUUGUGCGGUCAACCUGGUAGAUGACAUGCAAGAGUAUAUGCGCGGUCUGUUCGUGAUCAUGUACUGCGCACCGAUGACUCUGCUGGGCUAUCUCUACAUCCGCACGUCCCGUGAACUUCGUCCCCCGGACGGGCCACUCUCGAUAAUGAUGUUCGAGGCACGGGCCGAAGCACGAAGCCGUCAGAUACGCCUGUCCAAUGCUGGCCGUGGUAAAAGUGGCCCUGGAGGAUCUGGAGCCGGUGGUCGCGAAGGAACGCCGGAACAGACAGGUGCGGGCGGAUCGUCGGCGUCAACAGCCUCGGCGGCAGUGACAGCGUCGGCCAGCCUGGGCGGCAACUCCCGGACAUACGAUCUGUACGAUGCGGAGGCGGACGUCAACCGCGAAAAGCGCACCCAACGUCACCUGGGUGCGAUGGCAUCGUCCCAGGUACUGUGCGUCUGCCCAUUAAUGAUCCUAAGGCUCGCCCGGAUGACGGUGGCGGAGACAUACGAGAACCAAGCGCACUACGACAUCACCUUUCUGAUGUUCGUCUGGAUCGCCUUCCUGCCGACCAUCAUCGUACCGUGGAUGUAUGCGUCUUGGGUGCUCUCGAAACCAACAAAAGAGCGUUUACGAGGCUAUCUGCGUUUGUCAUCCCGGCGUAACACAAAUACCCGGUCGGAACAUUCAUUGGACGAAACCGGCAGUACACCAACGGGCCAAACACUGGGUAAGAAUGCUCCCACAGCUACACCAAUGUCCGUAUCUGUGGGGCCGCUGAAGUCUUCGGGAGCGUCGUCUGGACGUCCAGGAUCUCCACCGCACCGUCGCACUGCAUCUGGCCGUUCUGGUGCGCGUGCAUCUUCGUUACAGUCCGAGGCAACACUAACUGUCACGAACGGUACAGCAACAACCUCCAUGAGCAUCGGCAGCGAACCAACCAAGUCACCGGCAAGCAACAGUGCACGCACAGUGGAGACUACGAUUUCGCGCCAGUCGUCCAUGGGGAGACCGCGCCGUCAGCUACCACCGCCGCUGCGCAUCGAGGAGAGCAACUUCCACAAGACGCCGUCGGUGAAGUCGAACCGAACGCUCACCUCAUCCGCCCACAACUCGUCCGUCCGGUCGACGGCAAGUCGGGCAAGCAGGACAAGCAGUACGGCUCCACUGUAUCCCCGUCGGUACAGUACCCACAGUCGGCAAACUUCCCAGCUGUCGCAGGCAGAGGAUGAGGACGAUGUGAGUUCACUCGUUGGCAAUAGUUCGGACAUUACGUCGAGUACCUACUGCUGCACCGGUCCGGAUGCGGGACCACUGUACGCGGACGAUCCGCUCGGUGCCGGUGUAAGGCGUGCGCACAAUGGUGCUCACGUCGGUACGCUCGGUGCACCGUACCGGCGACGUAGUUCCGCUCAAACGCAAGCCUCUUCACAUAUGUCUUCGACGCGCCCAUUGUACCCGUCAGCUCCGGACGAUCGUGGUGAGAGUGAAUCGAUUGCGGGUGGCGGCGGUGGUGAAUCGGGUGCGGGCGAUGAUGAUGACGAGUCGGAGAUCUUCAGCUCGGUAUCACAGCCAUCCGCCCGCAAGCGCCCCGUAGGCAUCCUGAAGGCGACACCUUCCAUCGUGUCGAUCAGCGAGAGUGAGUACUCAUCGCGCAAGGGUUCGUUCAGCACACUGUCGCGUGAUCUGGAGAUAAUCGAUCAGCUCGAGCGGGAACGCAGCAUGGACAUACAGGAGAUGAUACAGCGCGAGAAAACGUACGAGCAGUAUCUGGUGCGGCAAAACUCCAAGCUCAAGUUUUCUACCAAUUUCGACGAUUACUUCGAAGCUGCUGCAGCAGCGGUUUCGGCGAGUUUGCCUGAACCACCUGCACCAUCACACCAGACGGGUGGUGCUCAGCUUCCAGCGCAACCCUCCGCUCAGCUUCCUGCCCCACCGGCAACAGCUGGGAGUAUCUCGCCUCGGCGUGCCCGGUCUCCGAUGCAUCGACGAAGCAGUCAGCUGCCGGGAGGUGUGCCACUACCCGUUGGACCAUUAACUGGCGAGCGUACGCAAGCGUUUGGGCCGAGGCGCUCGAUCGAGCUCGAGCGUCGGUUCCACCGGACGUACUCGACGAGUGGUUCGACACGCAGCUCCACCAAGUCGCGUGAUCGCAUCACCUUCCAGGACGAUGUCUGAGAGUUGGGCACGAGCGGUGGUGGAGUUGGGGCUAAGCUGCUACUGCGUACCAGCACGGAGCGUAGCCCCAGCCGAGAUCUACUGGUGUAGAUCCGCUCCAUCGAUCGCUCAGGCAAUGCUGGAGUAACUCGCAAACUUCGAGUACUCAACUAGAUGAAUUAGAAUUGUCUUGAAAACAAUCCAUCUAGAAGCACUACUGAGGACAAACAUGUUUUUAUCGUUGUAUUCUGAGGGUUUUCUUGCUAUUACCAACAGGCACAAGUUGAUAUCAUGAUAAAGGUCACCAGUAUGUCACACUAGCCAAGGUGUGUAGAAGGAAAAUAAUUAGAUGCAAAGGUAGCAACACCUUUUACACAUUUUGUGUGGUCGGGAUGAACCAGGCAGCAAGUUUGGAAAAGACACUCCCGACUCAGCCCGUGGACCCGUGGAGUGUACGAGUGGCUUAUCGUAUUUAUUUCCCACAGGAGAACCAUACCAUUUCGUGGGCGAACAGGCCCCCCCGCCGUACACCCGAGUAGCCCCUCCGGCCAUAUAUGUAAAUGGAGGCCGUCGAUGUUUGCCUGGUUAGCGACACCGCACCCGUGUGCGUGUCUGCGGUUUGGGUUUACUUCACCGUGGGCCCCGGGGGGGGGGGGGGGUGUUAUCACACACAGACACCGAAAGAGAGAGAGCUAUUAGUCAGUGGGGAGUACACUGUUGCUCCCGACCUUGCUCAACAUAUAGAUAUAUACUCCGUCCGCUAACGUUGUGUUGUGAACAUUAUCGACAUGCUGCUGCAUGGGUGGUGUUUGGGAAUCGUUUAGCUUAUUGGUUUCAGCCUGUGUACCGGUGUACCUUUACCUCGAGAAGGUAAACUCCCUCCUCUCCUCCUCUCCCCUCCCGAGGGGAUGCAUUCCAGGUAAUUUGUAAAGAACAAAACAACUUUUUCCCCGGCUACUGUCACUGAUACUGAGGCGGAUAAAGUUGAUAACAGUGAUUCUAUGGCACCCGUUUAGUAAUGAUACUUUGGCGUUAGAACCCAUUCACAACUACGGUCAUAUUGAGUGUAUGAAUGUAUAGCUUGAUGUGAGCUUGUUCUAGACGAGUACGGGAACUCUCAUCUUGGACGUGGAUAUGAAAACUGGAGAAUAAUCAUCCUCGAUAACAAUAGUAUCAACACAAUUCCCGCUUUAUGAUUAGCUAUAUUUUAUAGAACUCCCACCAGAAGUCAGGUGAUGUGGCACAAUCUUCUUCAUCUGUCACGUGUAAAAGGGUACAGCUAGAACAAUAACAUCCAUCAAUGUUUCGCGCCAAGAUCUGGGACAAAUGUUCAUUAUCGUGCUGAUUGCACUACUUUUGAGGUAGGUCUGUUAAUAUCUUUCCCGUUUUUUUUUUGCUAUUGCCUUCGGAAGUCAUAGAAUCUGCAAUUCAAAAGCUGCCGUUCUGCUUGUCCACUGAAUCGCGAACAAAAGCAACGACUAUGUUGAACUCUGGAGGGACUCCCUGGAGGGAUUUCUCGCAGGAACUCCACGAAACCGCUCUCUCGUCUAACAGUCGCCGACGGUCGUCCCCUCUGUGGUGCAUCGGGACAUAAUGCAAAAGGUGGCACGUGGCGUAUUUACAACACACUCACCCACCCUGGUGGGUGGCUGAUUGUCCGUUAUGCUCGAUUGGGUAAUGGUAAUUGAAUCGCUUUGGAAUUCCUCUUUUUUCCCCAUUCUCCGCUUGGUGUGCGUGUGCGAGUAUUUAUACGACGGGGGUGGAGAGGGGGUGUUUCUUGUCGCCUUCCUGCACCAAAACACGCACACGUAAUUAAUUUAACCUCAACCGGAACAGGGCCACAUUAUCGGUUCAACGCUUUGAACACACAGUUGCUGCUCCUGUUUUGCGAUAACUUUGUACCAUUAUUACCAAUUAUACAACACAAAAUGCAUCGCGGUACGUUUCCAAUCUUCCAAGUUUGUUGCAUCCUUAUCGCCAUCCUCAUGCCGUUUUAUGGGUGUAAAUGUGUGUGUGUUUUUAUUUUACAGUGGGAAGUUAAUAGUAACCACAUUCGUCGCUUCAGCGAGCGUGGAUAUUGUCAACUUCUCCUUUGACAGUUCGAUGGACGAGUUUGACAGCCAAACAGUGCAAUGACAUAAGGUGUGUUUUUGUUUUGAAUGUCAUCUGCAAAUUAUGAAGAAAUUAGUCUAUAAGUAAUACGUUCGUAAAUAGAUGUUAUUGCGUACACGCAUUUGGAAGUUUCGGGUGAUGCGAUGCGUAAUAUUGGAGGCACGAAAAAAAAUCCCAAUUUAGUCCCCCCCCCCCCCCGAAAAAAAGACGCAACAUUUGCGAUAUAGUUUUUGUGAGCGGAUAUCAAUGUGCAGAUUUGUCUACAGACUUGUAUGGUGAUGUCUGAUAUAUUUGAAAAAAAAAACAUCAACGUACAAAAAUGCAAGCAUCAUCAAUGGUCGGGGCUUGUACUGUUAUAAAUACAAACGAUUACUACGCAGCACAGGGCUAUAAUCAGUUCACUAUUGGUAGCAAGUAGUUUCUAGAACAUGGCGCUAAGGUAUAAACGAACCGAUCGAACGUGAGUGGAGCGAAACGCGAACGACAUUGUUUACGCAAAACCCGCGCAAAACGAAACAAUGUAGCUUUACAGCCCCAAUAUUACACAAUAAGCGAAUGCAUGUUUGUCUUACCUUACCCGUACAGUGUUGAUGUUGAUAUAAACAAACAAACCAACAACAAAAAAAAACAAACAAAUACGAAACACUUUUCUAACGCAAAGAGUUUUGCAGCAUAUGCGCAACUGAUGCUAUUUAGGAAUAAACUUGUACAAGCAGCUCGUGAAGGUAAACUUUCUUCCUUUCCACUUACGUUUUUUGCUGUAUUUGCUGUAUGAUCAAAUGUCAAGGUACUGUGCCAUCCAUCUAUAAAAAAACAGCUGCAGAGACGUCACGAGGCAACGAAUAGUACACUUGAAGCGCGUGGUGAAACUUACCAGAAAUCAUAACUAAAAGUAAAAGAAAAAAAAAACUUUCCCACAAAAGCGGUUUAACCGCUGGGUGGGAAGGGGUUUACAUACGGAAAACAACCGUUUUAUGCUUAAGCUUGAACCAGAUUUGGUGUGGUGUUGGUAAUGUUGAGUCGCUUUGAUACGGCACCACACACUUCGGAUGCUGGUGGUUUCAAUUUAGCGCAUUAUAUAUGUUUUUUAACAAAAAUAUAUUUAAAAAAUCACAUAUAAUUAGUAGAACAAAUGGGAACCGCAGCUUACGUUGUGAGAGAAGGGGGGAGGGGGGGGGGAGGUGAUGGGCAACCGCUCCAUAUUCCAGAUGAUGUUUGAUGUUUGGUGUUACCUGUGUUAUAGGAGUUUAAUAUAGCGAAACGAAAGGAAGCUAACGCUCGGUGCGUUACCUUGCAUUGCACAACGCAGUAACAGUACAGGGCGUUACCAUUUUUAUACGCGCCACCAGGCGUCUCCAUUACCACGUGAAAGACCAGGCGUCUCCAUUAGGAAUGAACUUUAAAACAAAAUAAUAAACAAAAAAAACACAGUUUGUAAGCAUUUCUAAAUGCUCUCGUGUUGAGGGUAUGAUACAACCUUGGUGCCAUAAGUAAUAAGAUUAAGAAAUUAAACGUACGAAACGUGUUCGCGUGUUUGCCACACAAACCGGAACUGUUUAGUUUGUUUUACAUCUAAGACAAUAUUUUAUGGUUUUUAAAUAAAUAGUUUUAAUAUUGUUGGGUUUUUUUUGUUUUUUGUUUUGUUCCUUUGCGAGAUGUGGGGAAGGGGAAAGAGGAUUGAUAAAAAAACACCCCAAUACAGAACGCUCAUAAAUCACAGUAAUAAAACUGUGGAGCUAAUGUAAGUGCAUUCGUUUAUCGAUUAGUAAGGUAUAAAAAAAAAUAACUAGAAUAUAACCUUCAUGUACGGAACGGGACGGUGGUGGAAAAAAAAGCAAAACGAACCAAAAUUGUGAUCACUAUCAACUUUAGAAAUCAACGCUACAUUCGGCGAUCAUCUUUAGGGAGUGAGGGGAAAAAACAAACUAAUUUAACCAUUUAUUCAGUCUCGGUACCGUAUCGUUAGAAUAAUGUUUGCACAUAACCGCAUAAACGGUACGGUACGUUAGCCGUGUGAAGCAAAAUUGUACGUGAUAAGCGAAAGUGGAAUUAAAAACAAAAAAAAAACAGACAAACCAAAACUGUAAUGCGAAUCAAAUCAAGGCAAAGCUAACCGUUCGGCGAAGGUGUUGAUGUUUGGCUGUUUUAUGAAGAGGUGGUUUUUGAUGAACCACCUUCCAUCGGUGCUGAUCCGUAAUUAGAUGUUUUAAUCAACAACUUCAAAUACCGUGAAAUGGAAAAUGUGCUUAACGUUACGUGUUGCUUUCAUGGUAAUGUUCACAUACACAUUCGGUGCACCGUCGGUUCUCCGUAAGAAAGAAAGAAAGAAAAAACAAUCGUCUAACACCCGCUAAUCGAUAACUGUCAAAAGUCUCGCAUCUGUUUCAUGGUAAUACAGUGUUGAGUGUGUAAAGAUUCGCCAUAAAAAUGGUAAAUAAAAACAUGGCGGAGCGGGGUUAAAAGAGAACAAAAAAAUAAAACCAUUUUCACGAUUCUGGUUGAAAGGUGAAUACACUUAGGAAGACUCAAUUUGGCAUAAAAGAGUCUUUUUUUUAAGUUUGUUUAAAAAAAUACAGAAAAAAGUUACAUCGAACGUAAAUAUGUAAUGUUAGAUGAUAAAUACGUAAUAUAUUUUAUAGAGAGAGAAAGAGGGAAAAAUAAUUAUUAAACAAACAAAAAAAACAAAAUACGAUAACAAAACAUUCGCUGGUUUCAUCGUAGUUUGACACGUGGAAACAUUGUUUAACAACGAUCAAAACAAAACUUUAAACUUUGAAACUACAAAACGUACCAAAAAAACAAAUCUAAACUUGUCUCCCGCAAGGUUCUAUAGAAGUAAUUCAAACCACACUGUUCUUUCCUAUUUCAGUUCUGUUUACUAACUAACUGUUACCUAACUUUCCAUUUUAUUUAUGUAAUUUUAAUCUAAAAAAUUUCCCCAAAACUCAACAGUAAAAAAAGCAAACUCUUCACUAUCUUUAUUCUACUCUCUCGCAAAAGAAAUAAAAUCCAACGUAUCGUAAAGCCCAAAUCGCGUGUAGUCGUUUUUAAAAACCCAAAACCAAAAUUUAGAAGAAAAAAAAACAAUAAUAAGAAAUUAACAAAACACUAUUAAGUGGUAACAAAGCAGAGAAUGUAACUGUGUGUAUGUGUGCGCGUGUGAGAUGAAAAUCAAAAAUUCAAUGAAAAUAUUUCACUACAUUGUUAGGGACGUAACAUUUGCCGCAUAUGUGGGUACGGAAUGAGCUCGAUCGUAAACAAAAUAUUGAUAAUAACAUUAGAUAAAUGGUGAUCGUAUUGUGCUGAUGUGGUUUCCUAUAAGGAAGCGUCAACAAUGGAUUUUACACGAAACAAAACACAUACCAAUAACAACCAUUUACGCUCACCAUCGCUGCCUUCGUGCGCGAGAAUAAUGAGAGCCGACACACGCACACAAACAUCAUUAAAUGACACGAAACAACAUAAACAACACAACCUUUGGAAACACAUUUAAAGCAAAUUUAGCAACAACAAAAAACCAUUUGAAAUUGAUGCAGAUAAUGAGGAUGUAUUUAUAGAAUUACACCAACACACACGAACACGUACACAAUACACAUCUCCCACUCACAAAAAUCUCUGUGUGAAAUGAAACGAAGAAAACAAAACAAAUAAAAUAAAACAGUGUAUGAGUAUA